AUGAUACUCACUGAUCUACUGGCUCUAGUAUCUCGGACUUUUGCCUGGUUGCUGAUAGCGACACUCGUGUCGACCGCAAGCUUCUCAACGAGGUGCACUUACGAUGCUGCCUACAUACUCGCCAAUUGCAGCAACAGAAAUAUAGUGAGCAUUCCCUGGUGGCUCCAUAAAAAGAUCAUAACUUUAGAUCUGAGUGGAAACUAUUUUCCAGUGCUCAAGUCCAGAAGCUUUAUCGGUUUUAACUACAUUAAUCAACUGUACCUAAAACACAACUCCAUACAAUAUCUAGAAGAUGAAGCGCUCCAGGAUUUGGUCUACCUCAGAGUUCUUGACCUAUCCAUCAACCUUCUCAGUCAUCUCCCAACAUCCGCUCUAAAAUAUGUGUCCCUUUCCCUUACUCAGCUUGACUUAUCUGGAAACAGAAUCCAAGUUAUCUACAAAGGAGCGUUUAAAGAUCUAAAAAAUCUAAAGAUAUUGGAGCUUAAUGGUAACAGUAUUUCUCGAAUAGACACGGGAGGUCUGUCUGGACUAUCAUCUCUUAAUGUACUGAAGUUGCGUCAGAAUGCCUUGUGCACUUUGCCAUGUGAUGUUUUCUCAGAGUUCAGCUCAACCGUUGAGACAGCUGUACGACAGUGGAUGUGCCAUUGUAACUUGCGAUGGCUUAGGACAUGGCUCAAUAACACCAACCAAGAGGUAUGGAACGCUGACGGCUACUUCAUCCGCUGCAAUGGGCCAUCCAUAGUGAAAGACAAGCCUUUAAACUCUCUCCUAUUGGACGAACUGGAGUGCGAGGUCAGAAUGAAGUUGGGCAGCUCAACAGAAUUACUUUGUAAGUAG